GUUCCUUCCGCGCAUGCGCAGAACACCCGGAAGUCGCCUCAGAGGGCGCCGCCAUCUUUGUUCCGGUCCCGCUGCCCGGCUCCAGCAUGUCCGAGACCUACGAUUUCCUCUUCAAGUUCCUGGUGAUCGGCAGCGCCGGCACCGGCAAGUCCUGCCUGCUGCACCACUUCAUCGAGAGCAAGUUCAAGCAGGAUUCCAACCACACCAUCGGGGUGGAAUUUGGCUCCAAGGUCGUCAACGUGGGCGGCAAAACGGUGAAGCUGCAGAUCUGGGACACGGCCGGCCAGGAGCGCUUCAGGUCGGUGACCCGCAGUUAUUACCGAGGGGCCGCGGGGGCGCUGCUCGUCUAUGACAUCACCAGCCGUGAGACGUACAACGCGCUGGCGCAGUGGCUGACGGACGCGCGCACCCUGGCCAGCCCCAACAUCGUCAUCAUCCUGUGCGGGAACAAGAAGGACCUGGAGGGGGAGCGGGAGGUGACGUUCCUGGAGGCGUCCAGGUUCGCACAGGAAAACGAGCUGAUGUUCCUGGAGACGAGCGCGCUGACGGGCGAGAACGUGGAGGAGGCGUUCCUGAAGUGCGCCCGCACCAUCCUCAACAAGAUCGAGUCCGGGGAGCUGGAUCCCGAGCGGAUGGGAUCUGGGAUCCAGUGUGGGGAUCUGGCACCCUGA